AUGACAGCCUCCAAAUUCAUCGAGGUCCUCGAUCCAAUCCCGCACUCGCGCUCCGCUUCAGAUGUCAGCCUUGAGGACAUUCUCGAGCAAACUGCGAUGCGAAGGUCUUCGGGCGCAUCUGACAAUGGCCCUUCUUCGGCAUCAUCCAAUGCGAGCGACCGAGAGCAAAAUGGCGGCGGCGCCAGCGGCCCCAUCAAGUCACGCCUGCGCAGGCUGACCUUAGGGAAGCGCGACAAGGUCGAGCUGGACAAACAGCGUGGUAAGAGAACGAGCCCGCCGCUAGGACUGCGCAGCGGCGGCGAUAUUCAGCGGACAUUUACGGCAACACGACUUGAUUUAGCGCUUUCAUCAUCACUGUGCAGGCUAUUACUUCCAGGAGCCCUUGACGAGUAUACCGGCUCAGUUACCUCGAUUGUACCGGUACAAGCACCGGCUUCCUCCCAGAACAGACGACAUAAGGUGCCUCGGACUGUCCGACUACAGAGCGACGCUCGAAAGACACAUAUACCCCCCGCUUAG